CGAGCCGGACAAACCAAGCACACGUACACCACACCCGUCUCUCCUCUCCUCUCCUCGCAGCAAAGGGAAGAACAGAAAACUCGUGAGCACCAAGAGCGGAGAUCGGAAUCGGCGCAAAAAGGUGGCCCCGAUCGCUUCGCCCGCACGAAUUCCUCCGCGCCAUCGGGAGCAAACUGGCCGCCGCAUAGUGAAGGCGUAAGAAAUGGAAUCGACUCAUGCAUCUGAAGAAAGUAACUCAAAAGAGUCAUUUCCAAGAGAAACUCCAGAAAAUUUUGCGGAUUCACCAACUAUGGCUGCUACAAAGGAGGUCAUUAACAACGGUCAUCAUGAAAAUCCAAAUGCGCACAUGAAAGAGUCAGCCCAAGCAGCCACAUUGGAUAUCUCAAAUGGCCUGCCAGUUGCUGCCGAUAGUUCGGAAUUAUAUUCAAUGGUCCUGGAAAGUUCUCUUCCUGAUUCACCAGAGCACAACUUAGAAUCAAAUUCCCCUACAGGUGCAGGUCCUGAAAUGAUUUCAAGUUCAGGAACAACUGAGACAAUCACACAAUCAAUGAAGGAUGAUGCAGAUCAGCCUUCUUCAGUAUAUCCUGUCGAAGUAAAGAAUGCUGAAAACAAGAUAAGUUAUCAGAAAAAAAUUGCUGUCAAACCAAAAGUCACAGAAGAGUCGGAAACAGAACCUAUAAGUCCAUAUAAAGGCCUUAUUGACACCACUGCGCCUUUUGAGUCUGUGAGAGAAGCUGUCACCAAGUUUGGAGGAAUCGUCGAUUGGAAAGCUCACAAAGUUCAGAUGAUGGAGAGGCGUAAGUUCAUACAACUUGAACUUGAAAAUGCUCAGAAAGAAAUUCCACAAUGCAAAGAAGAACUAGAAGCCGCAGAGAUGGCUAAAUCACGGGUACUGGAUGAACUAGAGAGUACUAAGAGAAUUAUAGAAGAGCUGAAGCAUGAUCUGGAGAAAGCACAGAUGGAAGAAGUUCAAGCGAAGCAGGACUCCGAGCUUGCACAACUCAGGGCGCAAGAAAUUGAGCAUGGAGUAGCUGAUGAUUCUAGUUUAAUAGCCAAGACCCAAAUGGAAGUCGCAAAAGAGAGACAUGAAAAAUCUGUUGUCGAACUUAAAUCAGUAAAGGAGGAGCUAAGAAGUUUGCAUGAACAGUAUGCUGCAUUAGUUAUUGAAAGGGAUGGAGCAAUCAGAAGAACUGAAGAAGUUUUAUCUGCCGGAAAAGAGAUUGAGAAGCGAGUAGAGGGACUGACUGUAGAAUUGAUUGCCUCUAAAGGAUCUCUCGAGUUGGCCCAUGCUGCACAUCAUGAUGCUGAAGAACGUAGGAUCGGUGCAGCAUUGGCGAAAGAGCAAGAUUGUCUUGCUUGGGAUAGAGAGUUGCUCCAGGCACAAGAAGAGCUGCAACAACUGAAUAAUAAGCUUCUGUCCCAAAACGAUUUGAAGCAGAAUCUUGAUGCAAAUUUGCACAAGUUGCAUAGCCUGAAGCAUGAGCUUUCAUCCUAUAUGGAGAAUAUACUUAGUAAAGAAGCUGAAGGAGUUGCCAAUGAGCUUGAGUUUGAAGAUUCUAGGCAAAGUAGCAGCUCAAUGAAGGAAAUUCUAGCUUCAAAACGGAAAGAGCUCGAGGAAAUGAAAGCAACCAUAGAAAAUGCAAAAACUGAGGCCAAAUUGUUAAGAGUUGCCGCGACAACUCUCAGAUUGGAACUUGAUCGUGAGAAAGCUUCACUUGACUCAUUGCAGCAGAGAGAAGCUAUGGCAUCAAUUGCAGUUUCUUCACUAGAAGCUGAGCUCAAUAGGACGAAAAAAGAGAUAGAACUUGUGAGGUCCAAGGAAGAAAAUGCCCAAGAGAUAAUGGUGGAUCUUCCUAACAUGUUACAGCAAGCAGCCCAGGAGGCCGAGGAUGCCAAAGUGGCAGUUCACUCAGCAGAAGAGCAACUGAGGAAAGCGAAGGAAGAAACUGAGCAAACCAAAGCAGGUGCAACUACGGCAAGCUCCAGGUUAUGUGCUGUUCUGAAAGAAAUAGAAGCAUCCAAAGCAUCUGAGAGACUAGCACUCGCGACAGUUCAAGCGUUGAACGAAAGCAAAGAGGCCAGCGAUAUUGAGGGUUCACCCAGAGGAGUGGCCCUUCCUCUAAGUGAGUAUUAUGCCCUUAGCAAGAAAGCGCAUGAGGCUGAAGAGCUGGCAAAUGAGAAGGUGAGAGAAGCACUGGCACAGGUAGAGUCGGCGAAAGCGUCCGAAACAGAGAGCCUAGAUAGGCUAACUGAAGCAUCAAAGGAGAUAGGUGAAAAGAAGGAAGCUCUUGAAACUGCACUGGAGAGAGCCGAGAGGGCAAACGAGGGGAAACUCGCCGCUGAGCAGCAACUGAGGAAAUGGAGAUCCGACCACGAGCAACGCCGUAAAGUGAAAGCUCAGGAGGCCGCUAAAGGUGCGGUUAACCCUUUGAGUAGCCCGUUUGUUGAACAGAAGGCUCCUUACCUGAAAGAGCAGGAUUCACGGUUACAUAUGUCAGGUAGUAGCUACGAGGACCUUGUUCCAAACCGGAAGUUGCGAAACAAGAAGUCGUUUCUCCCUCGAAUGGGCUCAUUUUUGUCGAGAAAUACGCCGGCACAAACAUAAGAGGACAGGUCAUGAGAUAUGGAUCGACAAGCUGUACAUUGCUGUAAUAAGUUUAACUUUAUUUGUCUUGCAAGUUGAUGCCCGAUGUAAGCUGUAAUUUGUGGUAUAAAUUCAGGUGGGUAUGCUGUAGUUUUCUACAUCAUUUUUUGAGCAACCCAGGAUAAAUUUUGGGAGGAAAAAUGCCUGAAAUAUAGCAUGGUUCUGUUAUGUUAA